AUGUUCCCACCACCACCCAUUGAUCUCGACUGGGCCAAUCUGGGCUUCAAAGUCCGAGAUGGCAAUGGCCACGUCGAAGCACACUUUUCCUACAGCGAAGGCGCCAAAUGGUCCACGCCCAAGUUCGUGGCCUCUCCCUUCCUCCCAAUCCAUGGCAUGGCCCCCGGCUUCAACUACGGCCAGCAAGUCUAUGAAGGAUUGAAGGCCUUCCGAAACCGAGACAACACCAAGAUCACCAUCUUCCGCCCCGAUCGCAAUGCGCUGCGCAUGCAGCACUCCGCUGAGGUGGUUUCCAUGCCCCCCGUUCCGGAGGAUGUCUUCGUCGAGUGUGUUCGCCUCGCCGUCGGUCUCAAUGCUGAGUAUGUGCCCCCGCACAGCUCCGGAGCCGCCAUGUACAUCCGUCCUGUGUUGUUUGGAUCCUCGGCGCAGCUAGGGUUGAGUCCGCCUGAUGAAUAUACGCUUGCGGUGUUUGCGAUGCCGACGGGCGUGUACCAUGGAGCCAAUGCGGUGGAUGCGUUGAUUCUGGAGGACUUUGAUCGCUGCGCGCCAUUUGGAACGGGCAAUGCCAAGGUUGGGGGAAACUAUGCGCCUGUGUUGCGACACAGUGAUCGCGCGCGUGGGGAAGGAUUCGGCAUCACGCUGCAUCUGGAUAGUGCUACACGCAGUGAGAUUGAUGAGUUCUCUACGUCCGCUUUCAUUGGAGUCAAGCGUGAAGGUGACACUGUCACGGUGGUUCAGCCCGACAGUCGCAAUGCGAUUGAUUCGGUCACUGCGGCGUCCGUGUUGGAGAUUGCGCGCUCUCUCGGAUAUCGCGUUGAGAAGAGACGCGUCGCCUACGAGGAGCUACCGGAAUUCGAGGAGGUUAUCGCUGCAGGGACUGCGGCGGCGUUGGUUCCCGUGGGGAGCAUCACGAUGCGGUCGCGCGGAGACAAGUUCACCUACAGCCGCGGAGAGCACAAUCAGGGUGGAGAGGUCUGUGUGAACCUGCUGCGGACCCUUCGCGGCAUUCAGUCUGGAGACGUGGAAGAUACCUUUGGCUGGAACUACGAGGUUCAGGCGCUACCCCCAGGAUGGGGAGAGCGGCCGGAGGAGAAAAGUGCCGACAUCCCUUGA